GGCGCGGCGGGGCGGGCCGGGGCCGGGGGCGGUCCCGUCCCGUCCCGUCGGGGCGGAGCAGAGCGGCGCGGCCCCGAGCACGGGGCUGUGCGCGCCGCGGGGUGGGCCGGCGGCGGCGGGCGGGCGGGGACAGCGCUCCACGCCACUCACCGCUGAAAUGUGAUGGACCGGGCAGGGGGCGGCUCAGACUCUCGCCGAGCCUCGCCGGGGUCGAAGGCGGGAGGCUGCGGGUGGGGUGGCGGCGGUCUAUGCCGGGGCCCCGGGACCAGAGCUCCCAGCCGCCGCCUAGCCCUCCGCAACAUGCCGGCCGCCGCCGGGCCCCGGCCCCGCUGAGCGCCCCCGCUGUGGAUCUAAUGUCUCCGUGAAGGUGCCGCGGCCGCCGCCUCGGCUUUUCCCCCGGAGGAGCAGCCGGCUGCGGUAGGAUCUUCUCCCCGUCUCGAAAGCCCAGCAGAGGCACCAGCCGCACCGCCGGCCUGCGCCUGCCCCGGGAAAAUGGGAAGCAAGGCUCUGCCAGCCCCCAUCCCGCUGCACCCGUCGCUCCAACUCACCAACUACUCCUUCCUCCAGGCUGUGAACACCUUCCCCGCAGCUGUGGACCAGUUGCAAGGUCUGUAUGGACUCAGCGCCGUGCAAACCAUGCACAUGAAUCACUGGACAUUGGGCUACCCCAAUGUGCAUGAAAUCACCCGCUCCACCAUCACGGAGAUGGCGGCUGCCCAGGGCUUGGUGGACUCUCGCUUCCCUUUCCCUGCGCUCCCCUUCGCCACACACCUCUUCCACCCCAAGCAAGGGGCCAUCGCCCACGUCCUCCCCGCCUUGCACAAGGACAGGCCCCGCUUUGACUUUGCCAACCUGGCCGUGGCUGCCACGCAGGAGGACCCCCCCAAGGUGGGAGAGCUCGCCAAGCUGAGCCCCGGACUGGCCUCGCCCCUGUCGGGCAUCAGCAAGCUGUCCCCGGACAGGAAGCCCUCCCGCGGCCGCCUGCCUUCCAAGACGAAAAAGGAGUUCAUCUGCAAGUUCUGCGGCAGGCACUUCACCAAGUCCUACAACCUUCUCAUCCACGAGCGGACCCACACGGACGAGCGGCCCUACACCUGCGACAUCUGCCACAAGGCUUUCCGGAGGCAGGACCACCUGCGGGACCACCGGUACAUCCAUUCCAAAGAGAAACCCUUCAAGUGCCAGGAGUGCGGGAAGGGCUUCUGCCAGUCCAGGACCCUGGCGGUCCACAAAACCCUACACAUGCAGGAAUCUCCACACAAAUGCCCCACAUGUGGAAGAACCUUUAAUCAAAGAAGUAAUCUGAAAACUCACCUUCUUACCCAUACAGACAUCAAGCCCUACAACUGUGAGCAGUGCGGCAAAGUGUUCAGGCGAAACUGUGAUCUACGGCGGCACAGUCUAACUCACACCCCGCGGCAGGACUUCUAGAGCAGCCAGGGACCUGCGCCCGCUCCGGCAGCUCCAACUUGCCCAUUUUACUCAAGGACUGUGUUGUAGGAACUCACAGACACGCGCGCGCACACACACACACACACACGGAGACCCACACGCAGACUCGGGGCCAAGCUUUCCUACCACACGUCUGCGAAACUCGUUUAGAGAGUGCGGACUGCAGGAUCGGCCCCCUCUCCAACCCACACCCAGGCGUAAAGCUCAUCUUGUAGAUACUCGCGGCUCAUUUUAGAGCUCUGUACAGAAUGUGGUUUUCUUCGUUUGUUUGUUUCGUAUCGUCGUGUCAGAUGCACAUCGAUAACAAAUCGGGGAGGGAAAGUGUAUUUCAAAAUAAAUCCUUUUUUUUUUCCAAAUACCUCCUGCCUUGUUGUAUUAUUCCCUGAACAUUUGGCCUUUUUUUUUCCUGCUGUGUCAAUGCAAUGGUAAAGCAUAUUGAAUAAAUUUCCUAGCCGGGUAAUUGUACUGUCACAACAAUUUUGGUGAUCGCUUUUGUUUGGCCUGUUUCACUGUCGCUGUUGUGUUAUCUAUUGUUAAGUAAAAUGAAAGUGCCGUAUUGGAGAGUUUAUAGCUCUAUUACUUAAUAGUAUGAAUGUCUAAAUAUUAACU